AUUACAAUUUUGUAAAUAGCUGCCCAUUAAACUGAAUGUUACAAUCUUAACAUGAUUAUAUGAGUUGUGUUAUCGAGAAAUCAAUCAGAAGCGCAGCGAAAACGGCUGCAAAGCGCGCUCCUGACACAGGCGAACAGAUUUUCACAGGCGAACAGAAUUUCGCUCAACACCGGGAAACCGUCUCAGCGAGUUCUCUGUUCAAGUUCUCGGUUUCUCUCCACCAGAAAUACUUAUUUUGCCUAAAUUAGAGCAAAAGUUCUCAUUUAAACCUAACGGAGAUCUAACAGAGUUUAUUGUUAAAGUUUAACUUUGUUUCCUGCUGUUCCUCAGACAAUUUUGUUAAACUCGCUGACUUCCUGUAUGAGGGAAUGGCUGCUCCUCUGACUGCUCUCCUCCUCUGGACUCUGAUGGCCUUCAGCUCCUUUAUGAUUGUUUUUUCUGAUCAGACAAUCAUCAGAGCUGAUUCCGGAGAAACCGUCAUUCUGCCAUGUAGAGUUCCUGGAAACGAACCUGUUAAAACUACAGAGUGGAGUCGAACUGAUCUGGAGUCAGAUCAAUAUGUCCUUUUUUACAGGAGCAACAAGAUUGAUAUAUUGGCUUCGUGUCCAUCCUUUAAGAAUCGUGUAGAUCUGAAGGACGUGAAGAAUGGAGACGUGUCUUUGGUUCUGAAGAAAGUGACGACUGCUGAUAGAGGAACAUAUGAGUGCAGGGUUCAGGGCACUGACCUCCCCAUCAGCACCGUUGGUCUGAUUGUUGAACCAGGUACAAAAAUGGGAAGGUGGAUCAAGAGGUCCAGUGUCCAUCAUUUACAAACCGGACGACUCUGCAGGACAUGAAGAAUGGAGACGUGUCUUUGGUUCUGAAGAAAGUGACGACUGAUGAUACAGGAACAUAUGAGUGUCGAGUCAUUCAGAGAGGAAAGAGCUGCAGGAGGAGAUCCACUCUGGACAUUGACCCCAUCGGCAUCAUUAACCUGAGCGUUAAACCAGUUCAGAGAAUCAUCCCAGCUAAACAUGAAGAGAACGUCAUUCUGCCAUGUAGAGCUCCUGAGAACGAUGUUGAUGGAGACGUAGAGUGGAGCAGAACUGAUCUGGAGUCAGGUCAAUAUGUUCUUAUGUACAGAAACAGGAAGUUGGAUCAAGAGGCCCAGUCUCCAUCCUAUAGGAACCGGGUGGAUCUGCAGGACAUGAAGAAUGGAGACGUGUCUUUGGUUCUGAAGAAAGUGACGACUGAUGAUACAGGAACAUAUGAGUGUCGAGUCUCUCAUAGAAGAAAUAGCUGCAGGAGGAGAUCCACUCUGGACACUGAAGCCCCCAUCAGCCUUAUUAACCUGAGAGUUGAACCAGCACCGUUAUGGCCCACAGUUCUGGUUCUCGUGGUUCUCGUGGUUCUGGUUGGUGCUGCUGCAGGUCUUUUAUAUCAUUUUCGUCACUGUUUCAAGUCAGUCCCACAGGUGGUGGUGGUGGAUUCAGGUGAGAAGUCUGUCCUGCUGCCCUGCAGAACCAGAGUUACCCUGACUGAAGGUGUUAGAGUGGAGUGGAGGGAUAAACAAAAUGAUAAGGUCCAUGUGUAUGAGAACGGUUCUCAUCAUGCUGAAGAAAAGAACUGGUUCUACAGAAACAGAACAGAGAUGAAUAAAGACCUGCUGAGAACUGGAGACCUCAGUCUGACUCUGGAACAUCCCACAGAUGAAGACACUAACAUCUACACCUGCAUCGUCUCCAGAGAGGAGGGAAAAGUCCUGAUGGAGAAACAAGUUGAUCUCAGAGUCAAAGUCCCACAGGUGGAGGUGGAUUCAGGGGAGGAGUCUGUCCUGCUGCCCUGCAGAACCACAGUUACCCUGCCUGAAGAUGUUAGAGUGGAGUGGAUGGACAGGAGAAACAGGAAGGUCCAUGUGUAUGAGAACGGUUCUGAUCAUCCUGAAGAAAAGGACCAGUUCUACAGAAACAGAACCAAGAUGAAGAAAAACCUGCUGAGAACUGGAGACCUCAGUCUGACUCUGAAACACCCCACAGAUGAAGACACUAACAUCUACACCUGCAUCGUCUACAGAGGGAAGGAGAACAUCCUGAUGAAGAAACAAGUUGAUCUCUGGGUCAAAGUCCAUCAGGUGGAGGUGGAGGAGGGGGCGGAGUCUGUCCUGCUGCCGUUCACAACAACACCUGAGCUACCAGGAGAUGCUGAAGUGGUGUGGUGGGACAGAGAUAACAGGAAGGUCCAUGUGUAUGAGAAUGUUAAAAACUGUUCUGAACAGCCUAAAGAACAGGAUAAGUUUUACUGGAACAGAACCAAGAUGAAAGAAGACCCGCUGAGAACUGGAGACCUCAAUCUGACUUUGAUGCAUCCCACAAAGGAAGACAGUAGAGUCUACUUCUGUAAAGUCAAGAAGGAUGAAGAACUUCUGAGAAUGAAAUCAGUUAACCUCACAGUCAAAGCAGGGAGAGUUCAGGUCAAGAACCAACCAGAGGACAUCAGGACCAGAAACAACUCCAUUGACCCGACUCCUCUGAUGGCUGAUAAAUCAGUCUGAUUUGUUCGUUCAUCAAUGAUUUGUUCUUGAUCCAAUUGGAUCUUGGUUCUGAGAGAAGAUCUCGGUGAAGGUUCUGAUGGAUGAAGAAUAGAGGACUCUUCAUCAGCUGCUGCCUCUGGGUCCAGUCUGCAGACUCUGUAUUGAUGAGGAUUAAUGACUGAGAGCUUGAAGCUGGUUCUGGUAGCAGAACCCUGAUCCAGAACUCUGAGCCAGAACUCUGACCCAGAACUCUGAACCAGAACCAGCCUCCAGCUCCUGAGGAACAUUCUCUCCAUCAUUAUUUCUCCUUAGCUCACAUCCAGACCCAGAAAAAGUUUAAAUGGUGGAAAGGUGAAACCUUUGGUGCCUUCGGGGUUUCUCUCAGAUCCAGUUUUCCUCCAAAGUCAGGAUUGAAGUUCUGAGCUUUAGUUUGAUUCUCUAGCAGAGAGAGGUGGUUCUGGUCCGUCAUCAGAACCUCAUUUCUCAGCAGCAGCUCACAUCUUCACUCAGUAUUUCUGAUGUUUAGUCCAGGA